CAUCAUCUACUCUCUGAAGUCUGAACUGGCCACAUCGACCCCCUCAGUGACCGAGUCUCUAUCUGGUCCAACUCUCAAAAUAACCAACUAUGACCAAAACGGAACAAGUAUACUCCGCCGGAAUAUCCAUUCCCGGCAACCGUAUUCCCAUGUCCAAUAAGAACAAGAAGCUCUUCUUCUUCACUCUUGUCACUACUCUGCUCCUCGUCUCCGCCAUCGUCGGCAUUGUUGUCGUAGUUAACUCCCGAAAAAACUCCGGCGACGGCCUCCACAAUGUCCAUUCGAGUAUGGCACACGCCAUCGUCAAAAGCGCGUGUAGCUCCACCAUGUACCCUGAACUCUGCUUCUCCGCCGUCGUUGCUGAACCCGGCUUCGCCCAGAAAGUCUCCACCCAGAAAGACGUCGUAGAACUGUCUCUCAACAUAACCAUCAGAGCCGUAGAACACAACUAUUUCACUGUCAAGAAGCUCCAAACCAGAAAAGGCCUGACGAAGAGAGAGAAAACUGCUCUUCAUGAUUGCUUGGAAACAAUUGACAGUACCCUGGACGAGCUUCGCCGGGCCAUCACCGAUCUCGAAGGCUCCGCUCAUCACGCCGACGACCUCAAGACUCUCAUCAGCGCCGCCAUAACUAACCAAGAGACCUGCUUGGACGGGUUCUCCCACGACGGCGCUGAUAAACAGGUGAGGGAAGGGCUGAUGGACGGGCAACUUCACGUGGAACGCAUGUGCAGCAACGCACUGGCUAUGAUCAAGAACAUGACGGACGGUGAAAGGUCUGCUAGUAAUAGAAAACUGACAGAAGUGGAUGAAGUAGCCGACGGGAUUAAGUGGCCGGAGUGGAUGUCGGGAGGAGACAGGAAGCUUCUGCAGGCGCAGACGGUGAAUCCAAAUGUGGUGGUGGCAGCAGACGGGAGUGGGAAUUACAGGACGGUGUCGGAGGCAGUAGCGGCGGCGCCGGAGGGGAGCACGACGAGGUAUGUGAUAAGAAUAAAAGCAGGAGUGUACAGAGAGAACGUGGAGGUGCCGAAGAAGAAGACAAACUUAAUGUUUGUGGGAGAUGGAAGAACCAGCACGAUCAUUACCGGCAACAGAAACGUCGCUGAUGGAAGCACAACCUUUCACUCUGCCACUGUAGCCGUUGUAGGAGAACGAUUCUUGGCUCGAGACAUAACCUUCCAAAACACGGCCGGUCCGUCCAAGCACCAAGCGGUGGCUCUCCGGGUGGGCGCCGACCUCUCCGCCUUCUACCGCUGCGACGUGCUCGCCUAUCAGGACUCCCUCUACGUCCACAGCAAUCGCCAGUUCUUCGUAAGUUGCCUAAUAGCAGGCACCGUCGACUUCAUCUUCGGGAACUCCGCCGUGGUCUUACAAAACUGCGACAUCCACGCCCGCCGCCCCAACCCCGGCCAGAAAAACAUGGUCACUGCACAAGGCAGAGUCGACCCUAACCAGAACACCGGCAUCGUCAUCCAAAACUGCAGAAUCGGAGCCACCCAGGAUCUGUUGGCAGCGAAGGGAAGCGUUGAGACGUACCUGGGGAGGCCAUGGAAGGAGUAUUCGAGGACAGUGAUAAUGAAGAGUGAAAUAAGCGACGUGAUACAGCCAAGCGGGUGGUUCCCUUGGGAAGGGAAUUUCGCAUUGAACACUUUGUUCUAUGGUGAGUAUCAGAACACGGGACCUGGAGCUGUGACUUCUGCAAGAGUUAACUGGAGAGGAUUUAGGGUUAUCACUAGUGCCACUGAAGCUCAGAGUUUUACUCCUGGAAGUUUCAUUGCUGGCUCAAGCUGGUUGCGUUCUACCGGCUUUCCAUUUACACUCGGGCUGUGAUUUCGUUUUGGAAGAUUCAUUGAUGAGUCUGGCCGUUUGUGUGUGGCUUUGUACGUAUUAUAAUUUUUGAAGUUGAUCAAUUUGAACUCUUCAUGCAAGACACUAAACAGUGAAUUAAUAAGGCUGUAACAUCUUGCCAGGCCAUCCCAGACCCAGCUGAUGAAUAUGGCAUAAAUUCAAUGCUGUGUUUUGGAGAUUGUCUUAGCAUUUGAAUUUGAAUGUGGAAAUUUAAAAGGUGAAAAA